AUGCCUCCACGACUCCCCUGGCGACCGUCGCUUUCCCUUCUGCCUUUCCAAUCGCAGCUCUCAUCCUCGACGCCCUCUCCUUUCCUCCGCCUACUCCCAUCAAUUCUAUCCCAGUCCCAAUGCCAGUCACCAUUCCAGCAAUCCAGCCAGAGUCGCAACGCAUCAAUCCUCUCCUCUCUCUCCGAUAAUCCAAGCGCAUAUAACAAACGCAUCAGACGAGGUCGAGGUCCGGCUUCCGGCAAGGGCAAAACCUCUGGCCGGGGGCACAAGGGUCAAAAACAGCAUGGCAAAGUCCCUGCUGGGUUCAAUGGUGGGCAGACCAAAGACAUAGUCGUGCACGGAACGCACGGAUUUGACAAUAUCUUCACCCUGGAUAUGUCCAAAGUCAAUAUCGACCGCAUCCAGGACUGGAUCGACCAAGGCCGCAUUAACCCUGCGCAGCCCAUCACAGUCAAAGAACUCGCCAAAUCGCGCUGCAUCCACGGUAUCAAGGAUGGCGUCAAGCUGCUGGGCCGCGGCGGCUCGUCGGCCCUCAAGCAGCCGAUCAACAUCAUCGUCUCACGGGCGUCCGCGUCCGCCAUUGCCGCCGUCGAAGCCGCCGGCGGCACCAUUGUGACGAGGUACUACACGCGCCACGCGAUCAAACGGAUCAUGAAAGGCCAGACGGAUCCGUUUGUGUCGCUGGCGUGGGUGAAGAUGCAGCAAGAGCAAAAACAAGAGCAGGACAACAACGGGGAGGUCGAGAGCAAGACGGCUGACGGCACAAAUGCUCCGCCCAAGUUGAUUGUUGGAAUGGGCUUCGAUAAGCCCAGAGUGAAGGGUGAAGGGUUCCAGUACCGCUUACCGGAUCCGUCGAAUCGGAAGGAUAUCGAGUACUACCGUGAUCCGGAACAUCGGGGCUACUUGAGCUAUUUGGUUGGGGAGCAUGAAGGACCCAGCUUGUUCUUCAGGCCGCCGGGCGAAGAAUCCCGCAAGACGACGAAGAAGGAGGUGACGAAGCUAUCCGAGAACCGGGUCUGGUAA